AUGUUCAAACAAAUAGAGCUUCUGAAGCUUCAGGGGGUUUUGGAACACCCAAAAAGAGAAGGCCCGAGCUUCAUAUCAAGAGUUUUUCUAGUGAUCAAGAGGAACGGCGACUUUCGACCCAUCUUCGACUUGAGAGAUUUAAACGCCCACGUCCAAAUCAAGAAGUUUCAAUUAAUUUCUCACCAUCAUAUUCCAGAAUUUCUUCAAGGUUACGACUUCAUGACCAGAAUCGACAUCUCCCAAGGGUACGUUCACGUGCUAAUCGCGGAAUCACACAGGCAGUUCGUUCUCUUGGUCUACAACGAGGAGCUGCUUCAGAUGACGAGCUUGCCCUGCAGUCUCUCAUCUGCACCCCACACCUUCGCUAUGAUAUCGAACUGGGUUGCAGAGAUUUUUCGAUUGCGAGGUAUGAGGGUGAUCGUUUAUCUGGACGACUUUCUCUUGGCCUGCCAGAGCCAUUCCAGACUAGUUUCCCAAACUCAGGGGACAGUCGAUCUUCUAACUCACCUCGGUUGGAUAGUCAACCUCGACAAGUGCAGCUUAUCCUCGAACCAGAGGACAGAUUUUCUGGGGUUCACCUGGGACACCCAGCUGAACCAGGUCAGCCUUCCGGAAAAGGGGAUUUCACAGAUCGAAACCAUCAUCAGUAGCCUCCGUUUAUCCAGGAAAGCCAGCCUCAAGCAGACCCAGUGCCUCUUGGAUUCUCUAAAUUUCGCGAACUUCGCAGUUCAUAGGGGGCGGCUCCACUGUCGUCACACGCAGAGAUUCUUGACGGAGUUCAGGCAGAAACGCCAGAGGAAGACUCUCCAGAUCCCCAGAUCAGUCGACUCGGAACUCGGCUGGUGCCUCAGUGCAAUGAAGUCCAGUUCAGAUCUUCACAAGAGGAAAAUAAUGGAUUCCUUGACGACGGAUGGCGUAGGCACCGGCUGGGGAGCACAGCUGAAUUCGACCCUCAUCUCGGGGGACUGGUCGGAAUACCAAAAAAGGUGGCAUUCGAAUCGCAAGGAAAUGUUCGCGGUUUAUGCCGUGAUCAAACAGGAGUCGGAGUCUCUCCGAGGCUCUCACAUACUGCAACAGACGGAAAGCCGAACUCUCAGCACGUACGUCCGGAAAGAGGGCCGAAUGAAAUCUCUAGAUCUUCUGAACCUCACCUACAAACUGUCCGAGCGGAUCGAUGAUCUCCAAAUUGAAAUAUCGGAUACAUACCUCCUAUUUAGCGAAUCGUCUAUCGCGGAAGGGAUCUCCCCCGGAGUGGCAGUUGCUGCCACCGGCAACGAGCAAGGUGUUGAAGAAGUGGGGUCUUCCAGAUGUCGAUCUGUUCGCUUCAAACUGAUCCGCCAUCGUACACCCGUAGGUUUCCAUGGAGUCUAG